AUGACAUCCUCCGGAUUUUCUCAGGUUGGGAGGAAAACUGUUGAGUUGUUUUACGAUGUUGUCUCUCCCUAUUCAUGGAUUGGUUUUGAGCUACUGUGUAGAUACAGACACAAAUGGAAUAUAGAUCUUAAGUUCAAACCAUUCUUUCUUGGUGCUAUCAUGCACUAUUCAAAAAACAGUCCACCUGGUUCUAAUUUACAUAAAGGGAAUUAUGCUGGCAAGGAUUUGCAUAGACUGCGAAGCUAUUGUAAUAUUCCUCUCAAUGCACCAAGUGAUGUCGCAGAGGUGAUGUUUGUGAAAGGAACAUUGUCAGCACAAAGGCUUUUAACAGCUAUUUCAAUGGAUCUUGAUGAUAAAGCAGUGGAAGAUGUAUCGAGAGAGCUAUGGCUUAGAAUAUGGUCAAAGGACAAAGAUAUUACUGAAGCAGACAGUCUCUUAGCAGCUGCAACAAAUGCUGGAAUUCCUAUGGAAAAAGCCAAGAUACUUCUUACAAGAAUUAAAGAUCAGGAUGUGAAGGAUAAGCUGAAAGAGAGAACAGAGACAGCAUUGAGUCAUGGGGCCUUCGGAGCACCCACUAUAUUAGUUCAUGUUGAUGGCAAAGCUCAUAUGUAUUUUGGAUCUGAUAGAAUGCCGCUUAUAGCACAUUUACUGGGUGAGAAAUAUGAAGGUCCUUUGCCUGAACUUUCCAAGUUAUAA